AUGCAGGCCCAAUUCGAGGAUUUCGAGGACCAGACAGGGCUCCGGUUCCCGUGGAAUAUGUUUCCCGCGAACGAGGCAGAGCAAAAAAGGUGCGUUAUUCCACUUUCAUGCCUAUAUCAGCCGUUGAGACCUCGGACAUCGCCAGUUUUGGUCCAAAUUCCCCCAACGGGCUGCCGGAAAUGCAGGGCAAUCCUCAAUCCGUACUGCAGGAUCAAUUCUGCGACGGGAUUGUGGGGGUGUCCGUUCUGUGGGACGCAAAACCAGCUGCCGGCCCUCCCACCUUUAGAAAAAAUGGAUCCAGAUGGUACAAUCGAGUCUCAGGUAGCCCAAACACAAGCACAGGGAGAAAAUCAGCUUCCCUUUCCGGUGGACCCGGCAGCCCUGGAUAUCGAGUACGUGGUAGCACCGCCGGAAACGCAGAAACCGCCGAUUUUCUUCUACGUUUUGGACACGUGCUUUGAGGAAAAGGCAGAUUUUGAGUCGUUGAAGCAGACAGUGCAGGAGUCGAUACACUCGCUUCCGCCGGAUGCGUUGGUGGGCUUUCUGACGUUUGGCCGCCACGUGCAAGUGUACGAGGUGGGUGUCGAGGAACGGCAGACACUGUACUCAUUCAACGGAUCGAAAACUUACACUGCCGAACAGGUGAGCAAAAGACUCGGGCUCACCGGUGCCCUGGCAGGGAUGAAUAACGGGGCAUUGACGAGCGCGUCUCGGUUUGUGCAGCAGCAUGCAGUCUGCGAGUUUGGCCUCGACCGGUUCAUGGAAACUCUGGAGCAAGAUAUGUUUGCUGUGGGUAAGCAGGAACGGCAGCACCGGGCGACCGGAUGCGCGGUUAGUGUUGCCGAGGUCAUCUUGCAGACGACCUACCCGCGUACGGGGGCACGGAUACUCGUUUUUACGGCCGGUCCAUGCACGGAAGGGCCCGGACAGGUGGUGGGAAUUCCGUAUAGCGAGCCGAUCCGGUCGCAUCACGACAUCAUAAAUGUCGCAAGUGUUGCGAAGCGGUACCGUGAGAGCAGCGAGUUCUACACGGGCGUGGCCAAAACGGCGUCGGCCAACGGGCACACGAUCGAUGUUCUGAUUGGCUGCUAUGACCAGGUCGGGCUCAGCGAGAUGGAGUCGUUGGCCCACCAAACGGGGGGUAUUGUGGUUCAAAGCGACUCUUUCACCUCUGCAAUCUUCAAACGGUCGUUCAAGCGUCUGCUAUCGCAGGAUGAGGCCACGGGGGCACUUGGGUUUGGUUUGAAUGCCACGCUCCAGGUGAAGGUGUCGCACAAUCUCCGGAUCCGCGGCGCCAUCGGCCACAUGACAUCCUUACACCACUCGGACAACGACACGGAGCUCGUGAGCGGGUCGAAGCGGUCCACGUUGAGGCUUUUCCGGUCGACUGGAGACUCUUCUGCCAUCGGUGAGUCUGGCACAGACGCGUGGAAGCUUGGUGCGGUGUGGACACACUCCACUUACGUGUUUUUCUUUGAUGUGGCGAGCGGCCCCGGGAUACAACUGGCGAAUGGCCGAGAGUCGGUGCCUGGGGCAGCGAUUCAGUUCAUUACGACUUACCAGCAUCCGGAUGGGUCACGGAGGAUCCAUGUGACGACUGUUGAGAGGCCGAUUUCCGCGGCUGGGUCAGGCGAAUUGAUCCAAAACUUCGACCAGGAGGCAGCGGCAGUGAUUGUAGCCAGGGAGGCUGUUUGGAGAGGUGUGCAAAACACAGAGUGGGAGCCAAACGACGGUGUCAGGCUCAUUGACAACUUCCUCAUCGACCUCUGCUCGCAUUUCGCCUCUUAUAGGGCAAACGACCCGGGCUCACUCUCUCUUCCGGCAGAAAUCAACCUGUUUCCGCAGUUCGUGUACCACCUCCGGCGGUCCGGAUUUCUCCAGGUGUUCAACAGCUCACCAGACGAGACCUCAUACUACCGGCACUGCUUUCUGGCUGAGGACUGCACAAACAGUCUUAUCAUGAUCCAGCCAACACUAACGGCAUAUCAGCUAGACAAAGAGCCGGAGCCGGUGGUUUUGGACUCGACGUCACUGAAACCAGAGCGGAUUCUUCUUCUCGACACGUUUUUCCACUUGUUGAUCUACCAUGGCUCAGUGGUUGCCGAAUGGAGGCGUCUAGGGUACCAGGACCAGCCUGAUUACAAGUACUUCAAGGAUUUCCUCGAGCAGCCCAGACUCGACGCUGCCGAUAUUCUCGUCGACAGAUUUCCGCUGCCACGGUUUAUUGAUACCGAGGAGGGUGGUUCGCAGGCUCGUUUCCUCAUGUCCAGGUUGAGCCCAACCACUUCUUAUCGAAAUGUCGACAGCAUGAUGAAUUUGGCCACCAGAGGUGCGGGUGCCGGUGAUGGGGAAUCUGGUGCUGUUAUUCUUACUGACGACGUCAGUCUUUUGACGUUUAUGGAGUACGUGAAGAAGGCUGUGGUGAGGCCUGAGUAG